CGACGUAUAAAUGUCAUAAAUGUCAACAACUACAUGCAGGAAUGUCGACCUUUUACAUCUCUGGCUUAAAUCCAUUCCUGCAUGUGUUAAAAUGCAGUUGUCGCUAUUCAUCGAUAAUAAACAUCUCUUCGAAAAUCAUAAAGGAAGAAACUAGUACAUGGAUCUCAAGAAAAACAUCAAAUCGAAAAUACUGCGCCAAGAAACCAUUAUCAUCAUUAGACAGAGCAAUACUAGGAAUUUUGCCCACUUUUAUGCAUCCAUUAUGGAUACACCCCGCCGGUGUCAAAACCAUUUUCUUCUGGGCACCAACCGCAAAAUGGGGAUUGGUGAUAGCAGGCUUAAGUGACCUUCUUGCGAGAGAUCCUCAUGUGACCAGCAUUAAUCAAACUGCAGUUUUGGCUUUAACAGGUUUAAUUUGGAGCAGAUAUUCUCUGGUUAUCAUUCCUAAAAAUUGGAACUUGUUUCUCGUCAAUUUUUUCGUAUUCUUGGUACAGUCAUAUUCAGUGACAUAUGCUAUUAAGGCUCAAUAUCUCGAGUAAUAGUACUCGGGGGUACUCGACAAUGUUAGUUGUUGACAUUUAUUAAAAUAUAUGCUUAAAAUAUGAAA